AUUAUUUAAUAGUAUUACUGUAUUUUUAGUGCUUACCCUUUAGUACUUAAAAUGUGGCUAAAUGACCACUACUGCUGUCUGCUAAACUCAGACCUCCUCUUGUCUUCUUCUAUGACCCAUUUCUCUCUUUUUCUGUCUCUCACAGUGUCCCUCGCUUUUACUCCCAGUUUGUGGGUGGUCAGUUGCGUAAAGCUGACUCGGGCUGCAGCAGGUCAGUGUUGGCCCCUGGGGGCGCUGUACUGGCUCACUGCCCAGAUGGAGGCAGAAAGGAUGUCCGGAAUGCAGUAGAGGCCGCCAUUAAGGUCCAGCCAGGGUGGAUGAAGAAAAGCCCCACUGCACGCUCUCAGUCACUUUAUUCACUUGCUGACAGUCUAGAUAAUAGGAGGCAGGACUUGGCUGUAUCGAUCCAGACUCAAACCGGCAUCUCAUUAGAAGAGGCAGAGAAAGAAGUGGAGCUUAGCGUCUCCAGGCUCACUGAUUGGGCUGCACGUUGUGAUAAAGAGCAGGGUGGAACUCCAUUCCCGCCCCAGUCUGGUUCCGCCCUGUCAACUCCUGAGGCUUUAGGGGUGCUGGGAGUGAUUCUCCCCAAUUCCAAACCGCUGCUCUCUCUGGUGUCCUUGCUAGGGCCAGCUGUUGCCAUGGGUAAUGCUGUUAUCAUGGUGCCAAGUGAGAAAUACCCUCUUCCAGCUCUUGAAUUUAUCCAGGUCCUGCAGGCCUCUGAUAUCCCCGGAGGUCUGGUCAGUAUAAUAACAGGGGGCAGGGAUCAGCUGACGGCUGUCAGUUUCUUCAAUACUCCUGUGUCAGUCCCCUUAAACGUCUGUGGCUACACUGUGAAGAGGAGGAGGAGAGGGAAGCGGGACGAAACUGGACCAGCUCAAAUCCCUCUCUUCAAGAAGAGCUUUGGAGGAAGGCGGUGGUCUGGAAAA